UCUUUACCCAGGUUCAACCUCAUGUAUUUGUGUCUCAGUAAUUUGCAAUACUCAUCUAAUUUCCAUCAAAAUUUCUAAUCUGUUAAAUAUAUUUGCAAGGAGUAUGAGCAUCUACUAGGAAUUUCUCAUGUGUAAUCUCACUAGAAUAGUGAUUGUACAAUAUCACAUCUUCCAAUUAUGCAUUAAAAGAAUCCCCCACACAUAUUUAGAACCAAAUAAGAUCAUUGACACGGCUUUAAAAACAUUCACCUAUGUUUGAAUAUAUUUCUAUUUCAGCUUUUAUUACAAUGGAAUGCAUACGGAGUCUUCAAACCUCUUGAAUUUCCUCCUUAAACUGGACCUGAAUGCUGACAUCAACAUCUAUUAGCUAUAGAAUAAUCUCAUACCAAUUAGAUGGGACUGAGGGAGAAAAGAUAGAUGCUGUGCUGUUACCAACCUAAUGAUUCUAUUACUCCUGCUCUUUGUCAAGAUAUGGGAACUCUGCUGGAAGGAAAUAUGACUUUCUAAGUUCCCCUGAGACAUGCUACAUAUACAUAUUCACCUACUGAAAAUGAGAUUUAAUAGAAACUCACACAUAUUAGACUAUGAAUAUAUUUACAGAGAUAAUAUUAUAUUUCAAGCAAUUUAGAAAAUAAUUAUUUGAUGUUCUGGAUAUAUACUUUGUAUGAUAAAACGUACAAUAUUCCUUGCUGUACACACUGCUUAUAAUUCUGAAACUUAAAGCCUUAGCACAUUGAGAAUGAGGCUGAUGGACAAUUUACAAUCAUUACGUGUUUGGAAAGAAUCACAGUGAUAAAACACAUCUUUGCCUGUGAAAGACUACUUGUAUGUUUAAAGGAUUUUAGUACAUAGCAAAACAAAAAUGAAACCAGCAAGGUAGUUGAAUAAUAUCCAGUAAAAUGGUCUAACUAGGAAGGAAUUCAAAGAAUGUUUCAACUGCUAUUUGAUCAGCAACAUAUAUACAACUCAUCUCUAGGUCCAGAUGCUUACUUGAGAAUAUAUAAUAUAAAAUACAACUUUGCUUUUGUAGAAACCAGAAGUUAAAACCAAUGCUUGUCAUCUUAGGUUAUCAAAAAAUGGGGAAAAGGGGAAGUGGCAGUACAGCCAAAAUAAAGUUGUAUCUAUGAGCCACAAUCCACCCAAGCAAUAAUGGUCAUAAAAAUAAUUAUAUCUAUUGGCCUGUAAUCUCAUUGCUUCUGCAAAUUGCUGGCCCCAGACAUUAAUAUAAAACCAAACAAUAGUGCUAGGUGUGUGGCAGAUUGUGCAAUCAUUUUAUGGCAUUUCCAUGUUUUUUUAUAAUUGUAAAUCACUCAAAAUCAGAUGGGCAGUGUCUAAAUUUGAUUAAUAAAUUGCUGAAGCAUUGUUUACUGGAUAAAUUACACAUUGGAUUCAUGUGUAAUUAAAAUAAAAAUAGGGAUAAAGGUAAAAUAUUUUGGGAGGACAUAAGCAAAAGUGGGAAGACCACUUUUUCCCCCCCUGGAGUUUUUAAGCAGGGGGUGUUCUGCAAGUUUUCUUGGUUUGUAGAGCAAUACUUUCUUUCUGUACUUCGAAAGAACAAUGGUACAAUAUUCGGUAACGGAUUAGUGGGAAGUCGAGUGGAGCAGAAAGGAUUCUGAGGCUCAUCCAGCAACAGGUCGAGUUUUAGAAAUCUCACCGUCGGAGCUCAUCAACUAUGACAAAUCAAAGUGACGUAGCUGCCUCCACAUACAAGAGUCUCAGGCUCCUGAAAAUUAUUUGCUGGGAGAAGCCACAAAGGACUACUCAGGUAGUGCCAGGAUGACCCUUUAAUCCCAUUCAUUGAGAUCAUGCGAUUGCAGGUUAAUUCAAAUUCAGGAAGUUCUCCCUAUGUUCUUGGAACACAUGGUGUUCGUCACGGACUUUGGACCGUCAGUUCAUCGCCCCGGCUUGGUUCACCGAUUCUUUCCCUUUCGCCGGCACAUUUUCUUUUAAACCCCUUUCCUUACGUCAUAAGUCCCCAACUUCAGCUUGCGUCUCGCCCCCUCCCGACUUGCAGGGUCAUGCCAGGUAACCGGCUCCCGUUAGGAAAAGAGACACGGGAAAUCCUCCCUGGCGGAAGGGGGCGCUUUUCGCCUUUGUCAGAGCGUCCGCGGCGCUCCUCUCCUUGUUUCUGGAAGAAGUGUCGGGCAGGUUCCGCCUGGGCUCGUCAUUCAGCCGCCGCGGGCCCGGCUCGAGUUCGACGCUGCUGCUGCUCCUCUUCCCCUCUCCUCUUCUGUUCUCCCGUUGGGCUGUGUGGGUGGGAGCGACUCUCGCUCUUCUGUUGGUUGACCCCCCGCUCUCGCCGCCGCCGCUCGAACGGGACGGUGCCUGCCUCUCCAGCGCCGCCUUCCUCUUCGUUCUCGAGCGGACCGGGGAUCGGCUCCCCACCCCGCCCCCGGCGGAGACCAUGGCGGCGAGCGCCAAGCGGAAGCAGGAGGAGAAGCACCUGAAGCUGCUGAGGGAGAUGAGCAGCCUUCCGCCCAACCGCAAGUGCUUCGACUGCGAUCAGCGCGGCCCCACCUAUACCGACAUGACGGUGGGCAGCUUCGUUUGUACUUCCUGCUCCGGCAUCCUGAGAGGUUUAAAUCCACCUCACAGAGUGAAGUCCAUUUCAAUGACCACAUUCACACAGCAAGAAAUAGAAUUUCUUCAGAAGCAUGGGAAUGAAGUAUGCAAACAGAUUUGGCUAGGAUUAUUUGAUGAUAGAUCAUCAGCAAUUCCAGACUUCCGGGAUCCUCAAAAAGUCAAAGAAUUUCUACAAGAAAAAUAUGAAAAGAAAAGAUGGUAUGUUCCUCCAGAACAAGCAAAGGUUGUGGCUUCUGUCCAUGCAUCUAUAUCUGGAUCUUCUGCUAGUAGUACAAGCAGUACUCCAGAAGUUAAACCACUUAAAUCUCUCUUGGGAGAAUCUGCACCAGCUCUGCACUUAAAUAAAGAUACACCUACCCAAUCUCCUAUUACAAUUCGGUCUCAAGGGCAGUCACAAGAAAAGAAACAGUUUGAUCUUCUCAGUGAUCUUGGUUCAGACAUAUUUGCUGCUCCUGCUCCACACACCAGAGCUACUGCAAAUUUUGCUAAUUUUGCACACUUCAACAGUCAUACAGCGCAGAACUCUGCAAACGCAGGUUUUGCAAACUUUGAUGCAUUUGGACAGUCUAAUGCUUCGAGUAAUUUUGGUGGUUUCCCCACAGCAAGUCAGUCUGCUUUUCAGCACCAAAAUACAGCGUUCAGAACGCUUUCAUCUAGCUGCAGUUUUGGUGACUUUACUACUUCUGCUUUCCCUGGCCAGGCUAUGCGCAGUGGGAGCGCUGGAUCAGUGAAUGCUAACUUUGCACACUUUGAUAACUUCCCCAAAUCCUCCAGUGCUGAUUUUGGAGCCUUCGGUGGUUCUCAGAGCAACACAACUGCAGCCAGUAAAGCUGUAGUGAAUAAACCAUGUCUCCAGUCAGCAGAUAAAUACGCAGCUCUUGCUAAUUUAAAUAAUAUCUUCACAGGGCAAGGUGGUAAUGAGCAAGGAAAUGGCUUUGCUGCCGGUACAGUACCAGCAGCUCCUGCUGGGUCAGCUCCAAGUCAAACAAGUACAUCUUCAGACAAGUAUGCAGCUCUAGCAGAAUUGGAUAGUGUGUUCAGCUCCACCGCAACCACUAGUAAUGCAUAUACUUCCACCAGUAAUGUUAGCAGUAGUGCUUUUGGAACAGUUCCAGUUGGUGCUAAUACACAGACGCAGUCUGCAUCAUCCAGUGUUCCUGCUCAAUUUGGAGCAACACCAUCCACAAAUCCAUUUGUGGCUGCACCUGUAGCUGCAGUAGCAGCAUCAACAAAUCCAUUCCAAACCACCAGCCGAGGAGCAGCAGGCCUUUCAGGAGCAAUUCACUCUCAUAUAUUUCCUCAGGCUCACUUUGCAACAACAUUUGGCACAGCUUCCAUGAGUAUGCCUGCAGGAUUUGGAACAACUGCCUCAUACAGUCUUCCUACUAGUUUUAGUGGUAACUUCCAGCAGCCUGCAUUCCCAGCUCAGGCAGCUUUUCCUCAGACUGCUUUCACUCAGCAACCUAACGGUACUGGUUUUGCUGCAUUUGGACAAGGAAAAUCAGUAGUAACCCCAUUUGGGCAAGUUACAACUGUUGGAGUCUCCAGUAACCCUUUUAUGGCAGGAGCAGCAACGGGGCCUUUUCCAACAGGAAGCUCGUCAACUAAUCCUUUCUUAUAGCCUUAUAGACACUUUACUUAAAAGAACUCUAUGUGAUCACAUAACAUCUCUAUGCCUCUUGCACUGUUGUCUUGUUUCACUGACCUUAGCUUUAAACACAAAAUAAGUCUUUCAGAAAAAAAAGUCUGCGUUGUGUAUUAAAACCAAGGAACACCAGGUGAUGUACAAAACAUGGGACUGUGGUAACAUCCUUUCUUGUGCAAUGGCAGGAGAAUGUUAAUAGUAUCAUGUAUAUUAAAAUUGGCUAAUAUUAAGUUAUUGCAGAUAUCAUUCAUUAUGCUGCAGUAUUGUACAUAUUUUUCUCUUAGGAAUUAGUUAUUUGUGCAUAUCAGUAUUUGUAACUUUUAACACACUGUUAUGUGAAAAAUGUUACCGGGAGAAAUAGAUCAGCCAGUUUAAGGUGCUGUCAUAUAUCUUGGAAUGAAUGGCCUAAAUCAUUUUAACAUUGCUUGUUGAGAUUUAUGAAUUCAGAACUGAAGUUUUAUUCAUUUCUUGAAGUGUUUUUUUCCCUUUCCUGAAGAGUUCUUCUAUUUAUACAUGCCUAAAUUCUAUAUAAUGUGGAGGGAUACCUGUCUGCAUAAUAAAGCUGAUCAUGUUUUGCUACAGAUUGCAGGUGGAAAAAAUAAAUAUUAAAAAAGUU